AUGGGGUGGAACACACACGCUUCCGGGACCAAUGACCCUCCCGAGGUCCGCAACUGGAAGAUCCAUCUCAUCGCCCUGUUGGCUUCCAUGUCCGCCCUAGCCAUGGGCUACGACACGGCCGUCAUCGGCGGCACCAUGGCCCUCAACUCGUUCCGCGACGACUUCAAGCUCAACGAGCGGCCCCAGAACCAGAUCGACACCAUCCAGGGCAACAUUGUGUCCACCUUCCAGGCCGGCUGCUUCUUCGGCGCCCUCAUCACGUUCCCCUUUGCCGAGCGCCUGGGCCGUCGCCUCACCAUCUUCUGCGCCUCGCUCGUCUUCCUUCUCGGCGGCACCCUCAUGACCGCCGCGCGCGGCAACAUGAACCUCAUCAUCGCCGGCCGCGCCAUCGCCGGCCUCGGCAUCGGGUCCACCUCCAUGUGCGUCCCCGUCUACAUCUCCGAGACGGCACCGCCCUCCAUCCGCGGCCGCCUCGUCGGCAUCUUCGAGAUCGCCUCCCAGGGCGGCGGCAUGCUCGGCUUCUGGAUCAACUACGCCACCUCCCAGACCAUCCCGGACGCCUCCCUCGCCCAGUGGACCAUCCCCCUCGCCCUCCAGCUGCUGCCGGGUGUCCUCCUCGCCAGCGGCAUCUUCUUCUGCCCCGAGUCCCCCCGCUGGCUCGCCCGCAAGGACCGCUUCGACAAGGCCGAGUCCGUCCUCUGCAUGAUCCGCAACCUGCCCGCCGAGCACGACUACAUCCGCCAGGAGCUCGGCGAGAUCCGUGCCCAGGUCGAGCAGCGCUCCGUCAUGCAGAUGAGCCGCAAGCAGCAGUUCAAGAAGCUGUUUCAAAAGGGCACCCGCAACCGCAUGGCCGUCGGCAUGCUGCUCAUGUUCCUCCAGUCUUUUACUGGUGUCAACAUUAUCACCUACUACGCGCCCCGCAUCUUUGAGACGCUGGGCAUCGCGGGCACCAGCACCAAGCUCUUCUCCACGGGUCUCUACGGCUGCUUCAAGACCCUGGGCAUGUGCACCUUUACCUUUUUCGUGGUCGAAAAGGUCGGUCGCCGCAACGGUCUCCUCUGGGGCGCGGCUCUCGGCUGCAUCCCGAAGCUAGUUUGCUCUGCCGUGCGAAUGCAUCCAGUACAUGCUGCAUGCACCUCGUCAAUGUCGUGCAUGUAUGUGAUGCUCGCUGGACGCGCUCGUCAUGUCAUCUCCACGAACCGGGUCCAAAUUGGCUGGACUCGAGAGGCGAGAACUGCCGAUGUCGACGCCACCAUGCAGUUGCUUGCACGAGUCACGACGUUAUCUCGAUAG